UUACAAACCAAAAAAUAAAAUUCAAACAUAGCGAAUUCAAAAAGUGAUUCAAAAAGUGAAUUAAAAACAACUUUUCAAAAUGUAAAUUAAGUGACAAAAAAUGAACUCGAUUGACAAACCGUGUAUUGUGAAAUAAAAAAAUCCAAAAGCAAAUGUAGUGGAAAAUGUUAUUCAAAAAUGUAUUGCAGAAAAUAAAAUACAAAAUGUAGUGGAAACUAAAAUAUGUAACAGGGGAAAUAAGAUAAAGAAGAAAAGGAGAAAAGAUUGAAUGAUAUUGAACAGCGAACCUGGUAAAAAUGCUAACAUAAAACGAAAAAAAAGACGAAGGGAAGAAAAAAAAAUCUCGUGGAGCGAUAAAAAAAAGAAGGGGUGUGGGGGUGGAGAAAAGAAAAAGACGAAAGAUUUGAAAACGAUGGAAGUGAGCUCCGCACUGGGGAACAUCACCGACGGCAGCACCGGAAAUUUUACCGUUCAUCUUUUCACCAGUAACAUUACUCGUAAUCUUGCCACAGUCACCAAGAAAAACGAGAUCCUUGAAUGUGAGGUCGAACUCAAGGAUGGGUUAUUUGAGUUCAUCGUUUGUGGAAUACUUUUAAAUCUCGUGAGUCUCUUUGGCAUCCUGGGAAAUACUAUCUCAAUGAUCAUUCUAUCAAGACCGCAAAUGAAGUCCUCUAUUAAUUAUCUUCUUAUCGGUCUGGCCAGAUGUGAUAGCAUUCUCAUCAUCAUUGCUGUGAUGAUUCACGGUUUGCCAGCAAUUUAUUCAUACACCGGCUAUAUGUUCGAUUACAAGUUCUACGUAUUUCCAAAAAUUGUCAAGUACUUGUAUCCAAUAUCCCUGGCAGCGCAAAUGGUGACGGUUUAUUUGACCUUGACCGUGACCAUGGAGCGUUAUGUAGCCGUAUGUCAUCCCCUAAGAGCAAGGUCACUCUGCACGUAUGGGCGUGCAAGAGCAGCUGUGAUAUGCAUUGUCAUCGUGUCAUUUCUUUACAACCUGCCCAGGUUUUGGGAAGUGGAAUAUAGAGAUGAAAUCCACUGGAAGGAAAAAGUUAAAGUUUAUUGUGUAAUGGCAGCCAGUUUGCGAGAGAAUCGUUUGUAUAUUACACUUUACGUUCACUGGUUGUACUUCUUCGUCUACUAUGCCUGUCCAUUUGCGGCACUGGUGGUCUUCAACACGGCCAUUUACAAACGGGUGCGAAAGGCAAACAGAGACUUGCAACACAUGUCUAGACAUCAACGACGAGAAAUAGGCCUGGCAAUGAUGCUGAUUUGUGUCGUGAUUGUAUUCAUCAUAUGCAAUAUUUUGCCAAUGGUGAGCAAUGUCUACGAGAAUCUCUACACAAAUCCACCAGUGUGGAUGGUGCAAAUUGGAAAUUUACUCGUGACAAUUAAUAGUAGUAUCAAUUUUAUAAUUUACGUGAUAUUUGGCAGGAAAUUCAAGAGAAUAUUCCUAAAACUCUUUUGUAGUUCAAGAUUAUUUGGUCAUGGUCGCGAUAGUCCUGAAUUUCAAACAUACGACGAGUCUAUUGUGACAAAUACAACAAAUAUUGAAUUGAGAAAUUCAAUAAGACGAAGUCAUAGAUUGUGCAAUAAUUAUCGAAGUAAUAAUAACAAUAAUAAUAGCAGUCAAAUGACCAAUGGUUGUACAAGACAAAGUAUUAAGGGUUCAAUAAGAUCUGAUGGACCCGGUCCAUGUGUUUAUUAUCCAGCGAGGAGUCCUGUUAGGAGUCCAAGUCAAGUGUCAAGGAUAUCAACGCAAAAUGGAUGGAGCAAAAAGGAAGUGACCGAGACUGUUCUACUUUAGUUUCAUAUUAUUUUUCAUUAUAUCUCAAUUCAAAAUUUAUCCUUUAAAAUACAAUUAUUUAUUUAGCUGAAUUUUUAUGUCCUAAAAAUAAUAAUUUUUGACAAUUUUCAUCGAAAUU